AUGAUGUCCCAGUCUCUCCGGGCUUCGCGCUCCCUCUUCACCCGUGCCGCUCGGCAACAGGUCCCGGUCGCUCGCACCUUCGUGACCUCCGCUGUCCGCCGCGCCGACACCAUCCAGGACCUGUACAUCAACCAGCUCAAGGCCUACAAGCCCACCCCCAUCAAGGCUAGCGACGCCGAUGCCCACGUCCAGAAGUUCGCUCUCCCCAAGGCUCCCGCUUCUCCCGAAGAGGCCAACCUUGCCGGUGAGCUCUCCGCCUACGAGCAGUCCGUGGUUGAGGUUGAGGGCCAGGCCGCCGCUGGUGAGGCCGCUCCCGUCGAGGAGAGCUGGUUCGUCGAGGAGGAAGAGGAGGCUGCCGCUGCCCACUAA